AUGCUGGUCGACAAAAACGACGUCGCCCGCAUCGACCCCGAUACUCGCGACAGGCUCGUUGAGAGGUUUGGCGACCGCUUCGACGAAGUUGUCGAACGAAGUGCUCGAAGCACCCAAUGGCAGACCGCCGCCACGAUCCGAGACUCGUUCCGACAAUGGCCAAAGUCGGCCAUGUGGUCUGUUCUCUUCUCUCUCGCCAUCGUACAAAUCGGCUACGACUCUUCCAUCCUCUCUUCGUUCUUCGCUCAGCCGGCGUUCACAGCCAAGUUCGGAACAUGUACGACCGCAUCCGAUGGUACGCAAGACUGCGAGAUCUCUGCUCCUUGGCAGCAGGGCCUCACCAACGGCGCAUGGAUCGGCGGUAUUAUCGGUUUGCAGCUUGCCGGUAGCGCUGCCGAGCGACUGGGCCAUCUAAAGAUCAUGAUGAUCAGCACCUCGCUCAUGCUCGCCUUUGUCUUCAUCCCCUUCUUCGCGACGAGUCUUCCCAUCUUCUUGGUCGGUCAGAUCCUCAUGGGUAUCCCUUGGGGCGGCUUCCAGUCACUUGCCUCUGCCUACGCUUCAGAGGUAUGCCCCGUGUCGCUGCGGCCUCUCCUGACCACCUAUGUCAACCUGUGCUGGGUGUUUGGACAGCUUCUUGCCGCCGGUGUACUGCGUGCGACUGUGGUGCGCUCGGAUGUGUGGGCAUGGAGGAUCCCGUACGCUCUGCAAUUCUUCUGGCCUUUCCCAGUCUUCAUCACCUGUCUCUUUGCUCCCGAGUCGCCUUGGUGGUUGACGCGACACGGCAAGCACGACAAGGCGUACAAGUCGAUUGAUCGCCUUCUCAGCACGCAGGGUGUUUCGGCUCAAGAGAAGGAGGAGCUGGUCAAGGACUACCAAGCCAUGAUUCAAUACACAGAGGCGAUGGAAGACCUGGACAAGAAGAACGACCAGCAAGCCAAGAACCGCUACAUCGAUUGCUUCAAGGGCAUUGAUCUUCGUCGUACUGAGAUCGCCUGCUGGGCGUGGCUCAUCCAGAUCACAUCCGGUGCUCCUCUGCAGGGAUUCUCGACCUACUUUUUUACCCAGGCAGGCAUGUCGACUAUCAACGCUUUCAACAUGACCAUGGCCAUGUACGCGCUUGGUGCGGUGGGCACGGUGCUCUCGUGGUUCCUGAUCAACCGCGCCGGUCGACGACACAUGUACUUGUGGGGACAGGCCGCCAUGUUCUCCACCAUGCUUGUCACGGGCAUCCUCGGCUGUGUCAGUCAGACGGCGGCGGUCUCGUGGGCGGUGGGUGCCAUGCUCUUGAUCUGCACCUUUGUCUACGACCUGACCAUCGGACCGGUCUGCUUCGCCAUCAUUGCCGAGGUUUCGUCGACUCGUCUUCGUAGUAAGACGAUCGUUCUCGCGUGCAACACGUACAACAUUGGAUUGAUCGUUGCCAACAUCCUUCAGCCUGACAUGCUCAACAGCGACCAAUGGAACUGGGGAGCCAAGACUGGAUUCUUCUGGGCCGGCACCUGCGCCGUCUCAAUGGUGUGGACCUACUUCCGCCUUCCCGAGCUCAACAACAGGACAUACGGAGAGCUCGAAGUGCUCUUUGCUGCCAAGGUCCCCGCUCGCAAAUUUUCCACGACGUCGAUCGACCAGUUCCAGACCAUCGAGCAGGAGGAGCCUCCCACGUAUAUCGAGAAGUCGAGCGUGUCGGACAAGGACGAGGCUGGCGAGAGCGAGAUCCCCGUUGCUGCAUUGUCAAAGUGA